UUAAUACUACCGUGCCACCAUUGUUACACAUAAAAAAACAACCAAAAUAACAAUAAAUAUACACAAAAAAAAUGAAUAUUGUACUCGUGUUUGCAUUUACCGCGAUCCUUGCAGGAAAAGUGGACUCAAAUAUUAAGGAUGAAUACACCAGGGAUGAAACACAAAAGGUACUAUUAAGGAAAUUGCAAAAUUUCCAACAAAACGAAGUGAAAACUGUGACAUGGAACGAAAUCUUAGCGGAUGUAUUAGUGACGAAAAUAACGAACAAAAACGAGAAUGGAAACGAAGAUAACAAAGGGAACGUUUUAAAUAAAUGCUUCAGCGAAGUACUUCGGUUGUACAAAGCUUAUUUCUACGACAAAUUGUUCAAACGUGCCAAUACGGGAUCAGAAGUCACCGAUGAGGGAGAAAUUAAUGACGACGAUCCGGCUACAUAUACUCCUGUUACACAAGAACCAGAAACUAAAAUGGACAAUCCGAAAAAUGACGUAGAACUCUUAGAACCAUCUUACCACGGGAAAAUAGAAGAAGCAACAGAGUCGACAAACACCACAACAGCAGAAGCUUCUAGAACGAACACGGAAUGUCCAGAAGGAACGCAGAAAGACACAGACGGAAACUGCGUAGAUCCACAAACUUCCAGAUUCAUACUCUACAUACCAAGUCAGUGUCCAAUUGGUUAUAAAAAAGAUUGGUUAGGUUAUUGCAGAGAGGUUUUUUAAGAGAGUACAUACUUCAGUGACGUGUUACAUUGGUAAAUGAGUGACUUUCCAGUGACAAACAAUAAAUGGCGCUGUCUUACUCCUACGUGAUAAUUUCCAGUUUUCUAUUUUUUUUCAAAUUAUUCAAAAUUAUAAUGCAACAGAAUGUCCGACCGAAACUAUGUUUAAGGGCCGAACCCGAAACCGAAUUUCGGCCUUAGUCUUUAACUUUUAAAUUUUGAACUUUUAGUAAAAGAUUUACUGACAGUUUUAAUUAUUUUUAUAUAAGUAUAUGACAAGUAAUAGUAAAUUAAAACAUUAGUCAGUAGUUCACUUAAUAUUCAAUAAUAAAAUUAACGUCCUUGGAAUGUUGGAGAUACCAAUUUAAUGGUAAGUCACUUAGUACGUCAUCAAAGGGCUAGCAAUGGCGGCUUGUCAUAAGAUUGAGCAUAAGUACCUGGUUUUUUAUACCAUGAGCAAUAAUAGUACACGAUAAUGUAAAAGUGCAAUCCCCUACGAAGUCAUGAAGUAUCAUUGUCAUUAUUAUUUAUUAGGAAUUGCCUGAAAGUGAUUUUGGAUCGUUUAAAAAUCCUGUAUAUUUUCUUGUUGUAUAUUGAAUAAAACUAUAUUUUUGUUACACAAUAAUUAUUUUCAUUUCUGGCUUCUACACUUUG